AUGGCUCAGUUUGAUUUCAUUCAAAUGUUGGAAAAUAUCCAAAAAUUCCGCAUCAAUGAGAUACUCACUGUUCCACCCAUCAUGAUUGCGCUAGCAGAACACCCCCUGGUGAAGAAAUAUGAUCUCAGUCGCUUGGAGUCAAUUGGAUUCGGAGCUGCUCCACUACGAAGAGAAAUCAGUGAGGAAGUCGAGUCCAUGUUUCCUCCGGGGAAACUCAAUGUCAUGCAGGGCUGGGGUAUGACCGAGACAACCUGUACUAUUCUUUGCUGGGAUCCAAAUGAACGAAGCACGAGUUCAUCGGUGGGAGAGCUAAAUUCCAAUUGCGAGUGUAAGAUGAUGGCCGAGGGUGGUGUGACAGAGCUCGGCGAGAACCAAAGAGGUGAAAUAUGGGUCAGAGCCCCCAAUGUCAUGAAUGGCUACUGGAACAAACCGGAAGUAACCAGGGAAACUUUGACGGAAGAUGGAUGGCUCAAAGCCGGAGACAUCGGACGAUCGCCAAAUAUGUGCACCUCAUCGAGUAAAGAGCUGUUGGUGCUUGCGUUGGAACUUAUCAAGGUGAAGGGAAACCAGGUUGCCCCUACAGAGUUAGAAGGGGUGCUUCUCGAGCACCCAUCAGUCGCAGAUGCAGCUGUCAUUGGCAUAACCAGGGACGGUGAAGAGUAUCCACGGGCAUAUAUAACCUUGAAAGACGGUGCAAAGGCAGCCGCAAAAGCAAUAAUCGAUUACAUGAAGCAAAACGUUGCUCCCACGAAACGAAUCACUGGCGGAGUAGUGUUUGUCAAGGAUAUCCCUAAGAAUCCAUCAGGAAAGGUCCUUAGAAAAGUUCUAAGAGAGAGAGCUGCCCAGGAGCUUCAAAGCGAACGACUCCAGGUAUCUGCCAAACUUUAA